AUAUACACAGACACACGUAUAAAAGCUCACAUAUGAGGAUUGGUUAAACGGAGUAAUAAAAGGAUCCACCAACUUUCUGCUUCCAAGGUUUAGAGGGAAAACAAUGGCAGAGGGGCAAGGAGUUCAAAUUCCUAGGGUGCAACUUGGAAGUCAGGGACUUGAGGUCUCAAAAUUGGGAUUUGGAUGUAUGGGCUUGACUGGAGUCUACAAUUCUUGUUUAUCUGAUGAAGAUGGUAUCUCAAUACUAAAGGAGGCUUUCAAUAGGGGAAUCACUUUUUUCGAUACAGCAGAUGUAUAUGGACCCCACUCCAAUGAAAUCCUGGUUGGAAAGGCACUGAAACGGUUACCAAGAGAAAAGGUUCAGAUUGCCACUAAGUUUGGAAUUACAAGGAUUGGAAGUUCAAUGACAGUAAAUGGAACCCCAGAGUAUGUGCGGUCAUGUUGUGAGGCUAGCUUGAAACGACUUGAUAUAGAUUACAUUGAUCUCUAUUAUCAACAUCGCACUGAUACAUCUACAUCUAUAGAAGAAACUAUGGGUGAACUGAAAAAACUUGUGGAGGAGGGAAAGAUCAAAUAUAUAGGUUUAUCUGAAGCUAGCCCAGACACCAUAAAGAGGGCACAUGCAAUUCAUCCUAUUACAGCUCUACAGAUGGAAUGGUCCGUCUGGACACGUGACAUCGAGGAGGAGAUUGUUCCUCUUUGCAGAGAGCUAGGCAUCGGCAUUGUUCCUUACAGCCCUCUGGGUCGAGGCUUCUUUGCUGGUAAAGCAGUUGUGGAAAGUUUACCUGUUGGUAGUCACUUGGCUACUCAUCCUCGAUUUGUUGAAGAAAACUUGGAGAAGAACAAACACAUUUACACACGAAUAGAGAAGCUUGCUGAAAAACACCAAUGCUCUCCUGCUCAGCUUGCCCUUGCAUGGGUUCUCGAGCAAGGCGAUGAUGUUGUUCCAAUUCCAGGCACAACCAAGAUAAAGAAUUUGGAUCAGAACAUUGGUUCGUUGACAGUUAGGCUCAACAAAGAUGACCGGAACGAAAUUUCUGAGGCCGUACCCGAAAGUGAGGUAGCUGGAAAUAGAACUUAUGAUAACAUGGUUCAUACAACAUGGAAAUACGCUAUCACUCCAAAAGUGAAUGACAUCUCAACCUAAAGAAUACAAGAAUGAAGGCCAUGUUGCUUAUCUCCAGGAGGGAUUUUGGCAUUUCUGAGUUAAUAGCUGUAGAGGUACUGCGAACAUUGAUAUGUAUUAGAGUCAUUAUGAAGACUUUGUCAUUGUUUUCUGCUUCUCUAUUCACCAAUCUUUCAUCUUUCAUUUGUGUAGAAUUUGUCUGUCGCCAUUGCCGUUCUCCAAUAAUACAGGCUCUGAUUCGUACCUA